GCGGCCGCGCCGGCUGCGAGCCCCCGCCGCCCGCCCGCCCGGCUGCCCGGCCCGCGGCCCGCCGGGCGCGGACCGCCGGGGAUUUUAAUUAGGUGUGUCCCCCGCCUCCGCCGCCGCCUCCUCCUCCCCCCGCCCCUCGCCGCUCCCGCCCGCCCCGCCGCCCCUCCGAGUCGGCGGCCAAGAAAACCCAGAGAGACCUGGCGGCUGCCGGAGAAGGGGGAGCCGCGCGGCAGGCGGAGCGCCCCGUAUCCCGCCGAAACUUGGCGAAGUUUGUCCGGCGGCGCGAACCAGGAGGCCCGCGGCGCCCGGCGGCCGCUUGCGAACGGCGCCCGGCGAGUAUGUGCGAGGAGCGGGCUGCUAGCCGCGCCCCCCCGGGCGGAGCGGGGCGGCUGUGAGCGGGGCGGCCCGCGCCCCCUGGGGCCCGAGCCGCCGCCGACCCCGUCCCGCCCGGCCCCGCAACGCCCCGCGGCGGGCUGCCCUCCGAGCUCCGCGGGCGGCGAUGGCACCGGGCGGGCUCUGACCGCCGCCCCGUCCAGGGCUUGCCGCCGCACCGGAGACUGCCGAGCAGCAUCGCGUCCGCAGCGAAGCGAGGACACUCACGCCCCACGCCGCUCGCCUGCUGCCGGAUCCUGCCCUCGCCGUCGAGACUUCUCUGCGGUCCCGUCUGGACUCCGGCCGCUGUCGCCUCCGGGGUGUACUGAGGAAGAGCCGUGGACCGGAGAUCGGCCGUGCGGAGAGAAGCUCCGAGGCCCAGGCGGGGAACGGAGGCCGUCCCGCCCGAGCCGCCCGCCGCAGCGCCCUGACGGGGAGGCGCCGCCGCCGCCGCUCGGCAGCGCCCCGCGCCCGGAGCGGGGCCACCGGGUGCCGCCGCCCCGCACCCGCGGGAGUCGGUGCCGCCGCGCCUGGGCACCCGCCGAGAUUGCUUUUGGAGGAGCGGACCGCGGUGGGGGCGAGGAGGAGGAGGAGGCGGGAGACAGCCCCGGAGGAGGCGGCCGCCAGUGCGGGGCGGGCGGCGGCUCGCCGGGGCGGCGGGGGGACACCAUGUCCAAGCCGGUGGAUCACGUCAAGAGGCCGAUGAACGCCUUCAUGGUGUGGUCGCGGGCGCAGCGACGAAAGAUGGCCCAGGAGAACCCCAAGAUGCACAACUCGGAGAUCAGCAAGCGCCUGGGCGCCGAGUGGAAGCUGCUGACCGAGUCGGAGAAGCGGCCCUUCAUCGACGAGGCCAAGCGGCUGCGGGCCAUGCACAUGAAGGAGCACCCCGACUACAAGUACCGGCCGCGGCGGAAGCCCAAGACACUGCUCAAGAAGGACAAGUUCGCCUUCCCCGUGCCCUACGGGCUGGGCGGCGUGGCGGACCACGAGCACCCGCACGGGCUGAAGGCGGGCGGGCUGCAUGCCGGCGCGGCCGGCGGGCUGGUGCCCGAGUCGCUCCUGGCUAACCCCGAGAAGGCGGCAGCCGCCGCCGCAGCUGCCGCCGCUCGCGUCUUCUUUCCCCAGUCGGCCGCCGCCGCUGCCGCCGCCGCCGCCGCGGCCGCCGCCAGCAGCCCCUACUCCCUGCUGGACCUGGGCUCCAAAAUGGCCGAGAUCUCAUCCUCCUCCUCUUCCUCGGGCUCCGGGUUGCCCUACGCCUCCUCGUUGGGCUACCCCGGCGCCGGCGGGGCGGGCGCCUUCCAUGGGGCCGCCGCUGCUGCCGCCGCCGCCGCCGCCGCCGCCGGGGGGCACACGCACUCGCACCCGUCGCCCGGUAACCCGGGCUACAUGAUCCCCUGCAACUGCAGCGCCUGGCCCGGCCCGGGGCUGCAGCCGCCGCUGGCCUACAUCCUCCUGCCGGGCAUGGGCAAGCCCCAGCUGGACCCUUAUCCCGCAGCCUACGCGGCGGCCCUAUGACCCGCGGCCAGAGGAUGCCCGCGCAGAGCUCCGGUGCCCGUCUGGAUGGCUGCCGGCGCAUACGUGCGGACGGGGAGCGGGGCGAGUCGCCGCCGGGACCGCGGAGGGUGACCGGGGGCAGGCGAUGGGGGAGCGCCGGGGCGGUGGCCGACCUGUUGCGCGUCCCCUGCUCGCUGCUCCGGGUAGAGCUUGUGUGUGUUGCAUGCGGUCUGUGCAGAUAGCCCAGCUGAAACAGAAGAGAAUAAAAGAGGAAAGAAAAGGAAAAAAAAAAAGAAGAAGAAAAAAAAUAUAAUAACCUGUCCGUCCUGCCCCCCAAAGUGUGUGUUCGGGACAGACACGGGGUGUAACGCCCGUCCGCCGGCUCCGGCUUUCCCCUCCCUGGCUCCUCGCGCCCCGCGCGGUGCUCGCUCAGAACAGUCCCGCUGCAGCAUCCCGCCACCGAGAGGAGAGACAGGGGUGGCUGGGGAGUAGUGAGGCCCCGGCUCGCCACGGCAGUGCCAGGUGCGGCCCCGGGAAGGGACAGUGUGGCUCUGUCCUUGGUUCGUAGCCCCUCGUGGGAUCCACGCGAAGAAGGAUGUCGGCGGUGUGGGAUGCUGCCCGUCCCGCGUGGGUUUCUUCCCUCCGCUGCUACGGGAUGCUGAGAAGCGCGGGUCACGAUUUCCAUAGGAUAAGACGCGUGACUCGGACCCCGUGUGUCUCCCUCCUCCCCUCCACUAAUUAAGUCUCACCCUCAGACUGUAAAUUUGUAUAUCUCUGUGGAAAUGUUAGGUCUCGGAUGGAAAACUCUGUUAGUUACCUUGCCCACGGUCGAUUCAGUUUUAACCUGAAAAAAAAAAAAAAGAAUGCCUUUCAAAGGGAAUAAAAAUAUUGCGAGACUGCUCAAGGACCGCAAUAUUAUCUGAGGUUAAAUCAGACUUUUUUGUCUGAGUGAUAAUUAUCUAUUUAUUAUUUAGCUGAACUGAAACAGAGCUUUGCUUUGACAGAAGAGUAUUCUCAUUUAAAAGAAAGCCCAUCUCCCCCACCAACAUGAAGUGUUUCAUAUGUGUUUUGGAGUACUCUACCUGUUUAGCUUAUUUUAGAGCGACUGCAAUUCAAUUGCAAAUGGCGAUUAAAAAAAAGAAAGAAAAAGUUUAGAGAAAAAAAUCCUUCAUCAGUUUAGAGUUCUUUUUUUGGUUUACUUUUGUAAUGUGUAUAUUUUGACUAAUGUUUGUGAAUGAAGCUGGCUAACAUGUAUUUAGUUUCAUUUUGGCUUUAUGUAAUAUAAAGUGAAAAAAAAGAUUAAGUAAUGGUUUUAACAUUUACGUGUAAAUGGUUUUCUUGUGUGAUCUUCUAAUUUAAAGUUAGACGUCUAAACUAUAUCUGUAAAUUAGAUUCCGACUACCACUCUGUUCAUUUUUGAACAAAGAGUUUAAAUAAAGCCUGAAGCAGGGAAAAGA